UGCGUGUGUGUGUGUGUGUAAACGCUCUGGCGUUGGUGGAGUGGGUUCAGCGGUACGAGAUGUCCGAGAUGAACCCAAUGAAUGGCGUCAGCCACGUCUUACAGGCUGGCGUAGGCGGCAGGAGUCGGGCUCAGGAGGCCCAGGAAAGGCCAGUGGCCGGAGCCGCCCAGCCCAUGGCGCGGGUGCUCGGCCCGGUUCACAGGCGCGACCCGGGCCUCGCCCCAGGCCCGAUGUCAGUGCCAAACCUUCCAGGGCAGCUUGGCUUUUUAGGAGUUAAUCAGCAGCAGCUCUUCCACCAAUACCUGGACAGGUGCCCCCUGGUCCCAGUCAGACUGCUCCGAGCUAUCGAGGAACGCCGCAGGCUGUUUGUGGAAGGCUGCAAGGCCAGGGAGGCGGCCUUCGAUGCGAAUCCCCCUCCGCUGGACUCCGAGGCCGUAGCUUUUACUCUAGCCCUGACUUCCUCGCAAGCUGGCAGUCCUCUGGCCGACUGAGCUGGCUGUGACUGAUAAGAGGUGGUGAGGAAGGGAGGUGCUUCCCGGAGCACAGGCACAGGCCGUGCCCGUGCAGUCAGUGGUUAGGAAGCAAUGCAGCCACCGCGGACAGGCGCAGCACUCGGAAGAACUCGAAAGGCACUUGAGAAGCAUGGAGCUGGCUUCCAGAGAGGUUCUGGAGCCUCUGACUUACCACCUGGUGACUGUGGAGCGAUCCCUGUCUGCAUUUGUGGAAACUCAAGAUUACUUCAUCAGAAAGAGUGGUUUUGCAAACAAAAUCUAAGAAAAAUGGCCAGUUAUAGAAUCCAUAGAAAUUAACCAAGAUGACAAAAGAAUUUAAGCAGAUACAGUUAGGGAAUCUUUAGUCAUGAGGCUUGGAAGGCUAUUGAAAGAACUUGGGAAUUUCAGAAUUUGUGGUCAUCUGUCAGCCUUCAGAUCUUAAUUUUGUGUCUUUUGAAGUA